UGUAUCACCAUAUUCCUGUCUCUGAAGUAACAUUGUCCCAUAUUGUUGAGAAAAAGGAGCAUUGCUUCACUGUAUUUGUUUCAAGGAACGUUGCCUGGAAUCCCUUGCUACCGGGCCCAUGCUGUUAUAAAACACUGUAUCACCAUAUUCCUGUCUCUGAAGUAACAUUGUCCCAUAUUGCUGAGAAAAAGGAGCAUUGCUUCACUGUAUUUGUUUCAAGGAACGUUGCCUGGAAUCCCUUGCUACCGGGCCCAUGCUGUUAUAAAACACUGUAUCACCAUAUUCCUGUCUCUGAAGUAACACUGUCCCAUAUUGUUGAGAAAAAGGUCACAUCUCAAACAACAUUGUAGUAACAUUGUUCCAUAUCGCCAAGUAAAAGGAACAUUACCU